AUGGAAGGCCCUUGGCUCGUGGUCAUGAUCGCGGUGAGCACGGUGGCGCUGAUCGGCAACGUCACGGUGCUGGCCACGAGCAAACGCGACUCCCCCGGCCAGGUCUUCAGCUGCGGCACCGCCCUCUCCAGCAGCCUGACGAGCGUGUUUGCCGUGUACUACCUCUGCUGCAUCUACGGCCUCAUCGACGACAACGACACCAGGGAGUCCCUCUUUCUCUGUCUGACUCGGCUCUGCGGGGCGGCCUUCUGCGUGAGCGCCACCAUCUGCACCCUGUUCGCCGCCUCCGCCGACCGCUUCAUGGCCAUCAUGUUUCCCUUCGUCUACGAGGUCCACGCCACCAAAAAAAUCGCUUUCCGCCUCCUCGUCGCCCUAUACCUCUACCUCGCCGUCUUCUACGCCUUCCCCUUCCUCUUCGCCGCUCACCUGCUCCAGGAGACGGCGUGCCAGUACAGCAAGCUGCUCUGGGAGGAAUACAACACGAUCCUGCUGCUCGGGAACGUCGGACUCCCGCUCCUGGGUUGCGUCAUCCUCAACGUGCCCGUCUUCCGCACGGCGUUCAGGCAGCGGAGGUCCCAGUUCAGGAACGGCAACCACCCCGGUGAGAGAUCUCGCGUCUGGGAAGAAUUUGGACUCACUAUAAGGACCUCCCUAACGUUCUUCACCUUUCUUGGCUGCUGGGCGCCUUUCACCCUUUAUAAAUUCAUUACCUUGGUGACAACGUCUCCUGCUGCGGCUGUAUCACAGGUGGUUGGCAUUCUCCCCUUCUUCACCUGCGCCCUGAACCCGAUUCUGCUCGGUCUGAAAGUGUCUCAGCUCCGAACCAUCGCUGAUUUCACUAUCUUCUGGAUCUUCGGCCUCUGCUGCUGCUGCUGCUGCGCGCCCAAGGAGAGCGUAGACGACGUCCUUCUCGAGGGAGAGCGGGAGAUCGAGACCCGGAAGGACGAGGUGUCUGUGAGGGUGAAUUCGUCUCUGGGGUUCGAGACUCGCACCGCAAAAGUGUCAGCUCUGGAAACCACGACGCGCACCUCGUCUAUGCAGAGGGCUCAUUCCUGCAUCGUCUUGUCACCAAAAAUGCUGGAGAGUAACAACGACUAUGGCGCGAAUAAUGUGUUCUAUCAGUCAACGAGUACGUAUCCUGGGUCGAGCUCCUCCCCGAAGACUGGGCACAAGCAUUCGGACUUGGGUAAAACUGCGUGGAACUGA